AUGACAUUCUUAGCCGAUGCUUUUAGUGUCGCACCGCCUUCGAAUGUUCUUCUCCCUACCUUUAUGUCAAGCAUCCAGUAUGAAAGUAUUCAAUUUCAAAAACGUGCAAAGAAUGAAUCUCUGAAUCUUGCUUUAAAAUUUAACGUUGUUGAUGUGCCAUCGAAAAGUGUGGCUAUUUCAUUGUUAUACAACAACCAGAGUAUUUCUGUUGGCACUCCUGAUGAUAGAAUGGAUGUCUAUGCUGAGAAGCAUCUAAAUUCAAGUGGAUUUUUGACUGAUAUAACUCUCCAUCUUAAGAAUUCAGCCGCAAAUAGCGGUUCAUACAAAUUGACACUUACAUCGGAUUCUCAAACUGCCUCAGCGGUUGCCAAAGUUGACUCUGCUCCCAUUUUACCUGUUUAUUCCAAACCAAAGCGAGUUUUGCAGGGUGACCCUUUGCGUAUCUCUUGUCGUGUCUCUUGCUAUCCAACGCCAGUUAAUGUUUCUUGGUUCUUUGCUCCAAUCCCUGUGGAACUUUCUGAUGACAAGACUGCGAUCUCUGAAGCUGCUGGCCUCCUGGUGGAAAUUGACUUCUCCAACGAGUCAUGGAAAGAUGCCAUUUUUUCUUCGGAGGGAGGCACCCCAAAUGAUACUCUUAAGUUCGAAUCCAUCAGUAUUGCUCAAAAUGGUCUUUUCGCUUGCAAUGUCUCGAACGUUAUUGGCAGCGAUUCAACCUUUUUACUUGUCGGAGUUAAAGACCGUUGGGCAGCUCUGUGGCCAUUCGUAGCAAUUGUUGUUGAAGUGACUCUACUAGUAACAGGGAUUCUGCUCUACGAACGUCACCAAAUUCGCAAGAAGCCUACUACAUCAGAGCCUGCUGCUGCCACUGAAACUACAUCACCUAAUGGGAAUGCUGUUGACAAGAGCUCUAAACCGGAUGAAGUUCGUCUGCGUAACACCAGGGCAUAA